CUGUGCGACUCUGUAUUUCUGAUAAGCUGAGAAAGCGCUACUGAAAUAAAUUUAUAAAUAUAUCAGCUAAAAAGAAAUGUUCAACAUCUUUAUUUCAUUAAGCAGAUAAGAUUGCUGCAAGUUGUAAAGGCAUUAACUUGAACUUGUGUCAUGUAUGUUAAAAAAAUCUGCAGUGUCUGCCUGUUAAUAAUUGAUUUAUAUGUCAGAAAUUUCUUUGGACUUUGCAUAAUCUUGGUCAAGCUUGAAAUUUGAACUCAGUGGAUGAAUGGAGCCGGGGAAUUUCUACGCACACUGGUAGCCUUUUGGUUUUACAUUACAGUACACAAUGAAGUCAUUUUCCAUCACGAGACAUUUCAUCACAAUCGGAUUAUUUUUGGGUUUGUCUGUUUUUACUCUGAGCUGUAGCGGGGGUAAAGUGCUGGUGUAUCCUGUCGAUGGCAGCCACUGGGUCAAUAUGAAAAUUUUGAUAGAGGAAAUGCACACCAGGGGUCACAGCAUCACCGUCGUCCGACCCAAAUCCAGCUGGUACAUCACAGAAAAUUCCCCUUUCUACUCCUCAAUCACAAUACCUGAUGAAAUAAAUGAAUUUGCGGACUUUUGGGACGAGUAUUUAGAGAAAACGAUAGAGAUAGAGAGAGGCGAAAGCUCCGGACUGUCGUUCUUAAAACUUCAAGCCGAUUUACUAUCCAUGCUGUCGAAAGCGCAUCAAUUUGGUUGUAAAAUGCUGUCGUCCAUGUUAGAAGAUAAGCAGCUUGUGAGAAGACUCCAGGAUGAGCAGUACGACCUGGUCCUCACAGAUCCUGCUUUAGCAGGUGGGGUGGUUUUGGCACAUUACCUAAAACUUCCUCUGGUUCUUAACGUGCGCUGGACCACAAGUGGUGAAGCACAUUUUCUCAUUGCACCAUCGCCCAUGUCUUACGUACCUUUACCAGGCACUGGAAAUACAGAUAAAAUGAGUUUUACUCAAAGGGUUAAAAAUGUCUUAUUCAAAAGCUUUACUUUGAUCCAGAACAGAUAUGUGGUCGGUCCACAUUAUGACGUUCUCAUAGAAAAGUACUUGGGUGAAAAGACAGACAUUGUGAGUCUUACGCAAGCUGCAGAUAUCUGGCUCAUGAGGGUCGAUUUUGUCUUCGAGUUUCCGAGGCCCACCAUGCCAAAUGUUGUGUAUAUGGGCGGAUUUCAAUGCAAACCCUCCAAACCUCUUCCUGAAGAUCUGGAGGCUUUUGUAGAGAGCUCAGGGGAGCAUGGCUUUAUUAUUAUGUCUUUGGGGACGCUUGUUAAAAGCCUUCCUGUUGACAUGACGAAUGAAAUAGCUGCUGCGUUCGCAAGUUUACCGCAAAAAGUCAUCUGGAGAAAUCUAGGACCUCGCCCAUCCAAUGUUGGCAACAAUACUCUUUUAGUAGAAUGGAUGCCACAGAAUGACCUUCUGGGACAUUCAAAGAUCAAAGCUUUUGUAGCACACGGAGGAACCAAUGGAGUGCAGGAGGCAAUAUACCAUGGGGUACCAAUUCUGGGCAUCCCUUUGUUCUUUGACCAGUUUGACAACUUAAUUCGGGUUCAAGAGAAAGGAGGUGGCGCAAUUCUAAAGUUGUCGGAGAUAAACGUUCAUUCUUUUGGACGAACCUUACGGGAACUGAUUAGCAAUUCCUCCUACAGGACAAAUAUGCAGCUAAUAUCUAAUUUGCACAGGGACCAGCCCAUGAGACCUUUAGACACAGCCAUCUUCUGGAUCGAGCAUGUGAUCAGACAUAAAGGAGCUACGCACUUGCGCUCUGAGUUUUACAACAUGUCAUGGUACUCUUAUCAUUCGGUGGAUGUGCUUGUGGUAUUGUUGUCUGUUUUUGCUGUGUUUACAUUGACUACAGUUGCAUUCAUCAGAUGUCUAUUUUAUAGAUUGUGCUGUAAACGAAAAAUGAAAAAUGAAUAAAUAAUCCUAUUUGAGGGUGA